AUGGAGGUAGUACUGCCUGAGGCUGUACCGGAGGUGGAACCUGCUCAAGAGGAUGCAUCACAAAUUUUGGAAGAAACUGAGACAGCGCAGGCAGUCGCCGACCGAGAACCUACAUCCGAUGUUCCUGAAGCGGUGGAAGUGGAAAUAGAAAAGGAACAAGAAGAUAUCAGUAGCAAAGAAGAACACAAAGAGGUUGAGGAACACUUCACUGAACAAGCCGAAGAACCCUCACCUCCGAUAGCUCAAGAAGUGACAACAGACGAAACUGCUCCAAUGGAUUCAACGACGGUGGAGAGUGGAGUCGACACUAAAAGCGAUGAGAAGAUUGAAACGUAUGAACCCUUGCGCGAAGCAUUCACGCCUGUCAAAAAGGAGAGUCGGCAGGAGACCAGCGAACCCGUCAACUUAAUACCAGAUAGAUUGCCGUCACCAACACAAAGUUGCACUCGCAGUGAACGUCUGAAAGCAAUGGUUCAGGAUUCAUUUCGUUUAAAAGGAGCACCACCAAGACUUCCUACGAAUGCAUCUUUCUCGUCCUAUACGCCAGUUGCGAGGUCAACAUAUUCUUCGCUUAGUCCAUGGGUGCAAAGCGCUGCGAAUAAGUACCGUACCGAUUAUUCAACCAAACCUACCUACACACCAACGUCUCCAUAUUUGUCACAGUUUGAUGAUAUGGUUAAAACAGGAGCGUUCUCGAACAACCUUUAUUCAGUAAACAGGUUGCUAGAGAGAUCACGUAGCCGAACUAGAGAGCGUAAGAAUGCAUCGCGCUCAGCUCGAUCUGCAAGCAACUAUAAUCGCUACACAUCGACAUAUGGGGCAGCUCCAAUUAGGACAAGAGAGUACUCCACUCCACCAACAUCUGCAAUACGCAGAGUACCAUCGAGAUCCAGUUCAUUCAUUUCAUUCAUGCAAUAUAGCGAUGCGAAGAAUUAUGAAAUGGCCAGGAGUCGCAGCCGCUCUUACGGUUUCGACUUUCCUUUAAGCCGCUCAACUUCUCGGGCAAAUAUUGAACCGUACUACGAAACAGGACGUCUUUCAAGAGUGGACAGCUAUGUACAAAAUAUGAACUCUCAAUAUGAAUGGACUGUCCCAAGUACUUAUGCCACAUACCGAUCAUCAUCCAGAUCGAACUUGUUCCAACGCAACACUCCUCUAGAUGGAUAUCCGGUUCAUUCAUUUUUGUCAAUGAGAUUCAUUAAAAUUCCAUGA